GGAUGCCCGGCGGGGAUGGCUGGCACCAAGCGGGUAGCGAGCUGCGCUAAGCCCGCCCCUGCCCCUGCGGGUGGUUACUGCUGCUACACGCCCAGCAGACACCGGCCAAGCGGGUUUAUUUUCUUGUCUCUACAACUAUCCACCAAACAGCGCUGGGGAGCGGGAGCGGGCGGCGGGGGAGGAUCUUCUCCAGAGGGAAAGGUUUCCAGCCUCCUGCAAAUAGACAACAUGCUGCCCAGGAAGGACCUCGGGGAGCCAGUCAGGAGCCAAGAUCCUGUGGAGGAUCCUUCGGUCACGCUCUUCCGGGAGUACCUGAGAAUCAAGACUGUCCACCCAGAGCCCAACUAUGGUGCAGCCAUACAGUUCUUGGAGAGGGUUGGAGCUGAGCUUGGCCUGGCAUGUCAGAAAGCAGAGGUGUGCCCAGGCCAGGUGAUCACCAUCUUGACUUGGCAGGGCACAAGCCCGCAGCUCUGCUCCAUCCUGCUGAACUCCCAUAUUGACGUUGUGCCUGUAUUUGAGGAGCACUGGAGCCAUGACCCCUUUGAAGCCUUCAAGGACUCGGAAGGCAACAUCUAUGCCCGCGGGGCCCAGGACAUGAAGUGUGUCUCCAUCCAGUACCUAGAAGCUAUCCGGAGGCUGAAGGCUGAGGGGAAGCGCUUUCCCCGAACCAUUCACCUGACGUUUGUCCCAGAUGAAGAGAUCGGAGGCCACAAGGGCAUGGAGCUGUUUGUGAAAAGACCUGAGUUCAAGGCUCUCAAUGUUGGGUUUGCCCUUGAUGAAGGCCUGGCCAACCCCACAGACACCUACACCGUGUUCUAUGGGGAGAGGAAUCCCUGGUGGAUCCAAGUGAAGUGUGAGGGGAACCCAGGUCACGGCUCCCGGUUCAUUGAGAACACAGCUGCUGAGAAGAUGCACAGAGUGAUCACCUCCUUCCUGGAGUUCAGGAAGAGUGAGGAGCAGAGACUCAAGCAUGACGAGAGCCUCACACUGGGUGAUGUCACCUCCGUCAACCUGACCAUGCUGAAUGGGGGUGUCUCCUUCAACGUGGUCCCCUCAGAAAUGUCUGCUGCUUUUGACAUCCGCAUCGCACCCACCGUCAACUUGGAGGCAUUUGAGCAGCAGAUUGCAGCCUGGUGCCGGGCAGCUGGAGAGGGUGUCAUCUACGAGUUCCACCAGAAAAACAUGGACCAGUGUGUGACCUCCACGGCAGAGACAGACCCCUGGUGGAAAGCAUUCAGUGGGGCCUGCAGGGACAUGAAUAUGACAGUGAAGUGUGAGAUCUUCCCAGCAGCCACAGACAGCCGCUACAUCCGAGCAGUGGGGUGCCCAGCCAUCGGCUUUUCCCCCAUGAACCGGACCCCAGUGCUGCUGCAUGACCACAACGAGUACCUGAAUGAGCAGGUCUUUCUACAUGGCAUCGAGAUCUAUGUCCACCUCCUCCCUGCCCUGGCCAAUGUGCCCCCCCUCCCCACAGAGAGCUGAGGGGGCCUGGGGCAGAGGCUGUAGGUGAGGGGGGUGGGGAGGUCAGCUGGAUACCAAAGAGACACAAGGAAGAAACAUUCAUGAUGUCCCCCUGUGGCAGCUCUGGGGAUGCCCCUGUGCUUGAGGUGUCUGUCCAGUGAGGCCAGGACUCUGGCAUCCCAGUGGGCAACACCAUGUGCAGGGCACUUCUUUGCCAGAAUCCCAGCCGUGCCAUCCCAGAGAGGCAGGGACUUGGUGGGCAGUGUCCUGCAUGGGCUCUGGGUUGCCAGGGACCUGUGGGGUGCCAGGAUCCAGCAGUUCUGAAAGUCCUUUGGGUAAGCAGGGUGCAGUGCCCAGCUCCUUUCUGUUGCAUGGGGUAGAGGGGAGGAGAUCUCAAGUUCCCCAGGCCCCUGUGUGCUGUGACACAGAAGACCUUGGUCCUGCUCCUAGCUCUGAUAUGGCCUGGCCAGGUGCCCUUGCCAAGUCACUUAAUCACUGUGUCCUCCCUCCUUCUCCUGCCAAGGGGGAUGUCCCCAGCCAGCACUUGCAGAGUUGCUUACAGUCAAGGCCUCAGGCCCAUCAUGACUUUCACACCCUGGGUCCAGCAGUAGGGUGUGCUGGGUGCAGGGCUCUGCCUGCAGGGAUAUUAACUGGUGCAUUGAUGAACCCUACAGGGGUAGCUGCCAGUUGCAGUGUGCUUCCAUGUCCUGUUGCAUUUUGGGCCCAUCCCCAAAGGUGAAGGUGGCUUCUGCGCAUUGGAAAGCCACUGCUGGGACUUGCCUUCUCCCUUCCUCAACUCCAAGCUCCUGACUGCAGCUUCCUCACCCAUUGGCACCCUGCAGCAGUCAGGAACUGGUGCUUACCAGCAGGGGACACAACACUCAGGGACCAUGCUACCCCCGUCUCCGCCCCCCUCCAUCUUCCAGCGGGGUCCAUUGCCAAACUCCUUGUCUCUGAGCCAGUCCAGGAGCAAGGGAAGCCCUGGUGUGCCCUGGCAGACGUGUGCCUUGAAGGGGCUGGUUGCAGGGUGGGAGGGUUCCAGGGCCAGACCCCCGCCCUAAGCCCCCAUGUUUGGGGUUGCACAGCACCCUUAUUGUGCCCAUACAGAGGGCCUUUGCUACCCCCAUGUGAGCCUCUCUCAGCCUGGCCUCCCCCCCCCCACCCCCCCAGUGGUAGCAUCAAGGGCUUGGAUAGGGGCAUCUGGUCCCAGCCCUUUCUGUACUUCUGCCAAAGCUUCCAGCCAUUAGCCCCCCUCCCCCCAUGUCUGCAACGGUGCUCAAUAAAAUGAUUUAAUCAGAA